CGACGAAAGGCGACGGCCAGCGAAAUAUUGAGGUUCUUGAUGCUCGGCGAUCUAGAGGGAGGCGCGAGCCCCUCCCGAAGCGGCGCCCUCCUCCUCCCCGGUCGUCCGCACGCUAUCGCCAAAGGCGAGCGGGCGGACAAGUUCAGGAAUGCCUCGACACGCGCAGCAGGGCGGCCAUCGGACUCGCUCACAACCGCUAGAUCCAUCGCGCCGCCCAGACUUGCAGGCUAA